AUGAAAACAGAAAACCACACAGGAGCACCACAGUUCUUCCUUUUGGGCCUCUCAGAAGAUCCUGAACUGCGACCUCUUCUCUUUGGACUGUUCUUGACCAUGUACCUGGUCGCGGUGCUCGGGAACCUGCUCAUCAUCCUGGCCGUCGGUUCUGACUCCCACCUCCACACUCCCAUGUACUUCUUCCUCUCCAACCUUUCUUUUGUGGACAUCUGUUAUGUCUCUUCCUCAGUCCCCAAGAUGCUAGUGAACAUCCAGGCACAGAGCAAAGCCAUCUCCUACAUGGAGUGCCUCACACAGGUGUACUUUUUAAUGCUUUUUUGUGCGAUGGAUGAUGUUCUCCUCACUGUGAUGGCCUAUGACCACUACAUGGCCAUCUGUCAUCCCCUGAACUACACAGUCAUUAUGAGCCCUCGACAUUGUAGUCUCCUGGUUCUGGUGUCUUGGUUUAUUAUUGUCUGUUUUGCCCUGGUUCAUAUCCUACUGAUCAAGCCACUGACUUUCCACAUAGGCACCACAAUCCCUCAUUUCUUCUGUGAAUUAGCUCAGGUUCUUAAGGUGGCCAGUAGUGAUACCUCUAUCAAUAACAUCGUCUUACUUGUAGCAGCAGCCCUGCUCUGUGUGUUUCCUGUGAUUGGGAUCCUCUUCUCUUAUGCUAGGAUUGUCUCCUCCUUAAUGAGAAUGACCUCCUCAACAAGCAGGCAAAAAGCAUUUUCCACCUGUGGGUCCCAUCUCUGCGUGGUUUCUUUGUUCUAUGGAACAGCACUUGGGGUGUACCUCAGUUCUUCUGUGACCCACUCUGCCCAGGCAAACAUGAUAUCCUCUGUGAUGUACACUGUGGUGACCCCCAUGAUGAACCCCUUCAUCUACAGCCUGAGGAACAAAGAUGUGAAGGGAGCCCUGGGCAGGCUCCUCAGUAGAGCAGUCUCUUGCCUUUCAUGGAGCACUGAUCUGAAAAGUAAAUGA